ACUCCAAGGUUUUAUCAGUAAUUUCAAUGUGACUGCACGAUAAGGCCCACUUCUCCACGUCGAGCGCAUGCUUCGCCAGGGAAGAUUACUGACAAUAGCAUUCGAAGGAAGAACAGCGUGAUUUGCCAGCUUCUAGUAAGUCAUCAUUUCUGGAGGCAUUCACCAGGUAUUAGCCGUAAAAUUGCCCUAAACCAGGAUGGAAAACAACAACUCUUCAGCUGCUGAUGCAGAGCCACAGCAGGGUAGUGAAGCACCACCUGCAAAAUCUGCAGAUAUGUGCAAGACGGCCAUUGAUAGCAAAGGAGUAGAGGUGUCCAAGUGGUCUAUUCGCAAAAAGAUCUGGAACUAUAUGGAGGACAACGAUCUUGUGAAUUUUCCACGUCCUCCACACAAUCGCAUCCCUAAUUUUGUGGAUGCUGCUUUAGCAGCUGAUAAAGUUGCACAACUUGAUGUUUUCAAGUCUGCUCGUACUGUCAAGAUUAACCCGGACAAGCCUCAGGAACAUGCUCGGUUCUUAACUUUAGAGGCUCGAAAAAAUCUUCUGGUUCCAACUCCGCGUCUACGUACAGGACUUUUCAACAAGAUUAUGCCACCUGAAGAUGCUAACAAAGAGAUGUUGAGGAAAUGUUCAACUGCUUUAGGAGUGAAAGAACACAGUAAGAGGAUAAGUCUGACGGAGAAGGUUACCAUUGACCUAGUUAUUGUGGGCUCUGUUGCUGUUUCUAAAGAAGGGUUCAGAAUUGGCAAAGGGGAGGGAUUUGCUGACUUAGAGUAUGCAAUGAUGGCUACCAUGGAGGCUGUUGGGCCAAACACUGUAGUUGUCACCAGUCAUGACUGUCAAGUCGUUGAAAUCCCAGAAGCUCUGGUUGAAGAUCAUGACCUUACUGUUGAUUAUAUUGUCACCCCAACUCAGGUAAUCACCACUGGCUGCCAAAGAGUGAAACCUUCAGGUAUCAUCUGGUCUAAACUUGAGUAUGAUAAGCUGUAUCGCAUUCCUGUUCUGCGAAGAUUGCGUGAGCUCCAGCAAGAAGCAGGGAAGGAUGUUCAUCUGAAGGGCCAGGAAGUGGAUGAUGAAGAAUUUGAAGAGCGCAUGGAUCGAGAGCGUAGAGAGCGAGGGAUCAGAGGUCGAGGGUGGAGAGGUGGUAGACGACCUUUCCGUUCCAGGCGUGGAGGUGGCAUUGGCCGUGGUGGUGGUGGUCGCCGUCGUUACAGGCAAGAUGAUUCAGCUGAUGGCGGUGAUGAGAGCAAUAAAGAAAAUGCUGAAGAUAACGAGAAUGGUGAAGGUGGUGAAAGGGGUGGGCGCCGGCGCCGCCAGUAUCGUAGCAACCGUUACAGGCGCAGCAAACCACGUCAGUCUGAAUCAGAAAUGAGCGAUGGUGCUGGUGGAGAUCAUGGAGAGGAGAAGAGGCGAGAUGCAAAAGAUCGAAGGCCUCCACGACGACGCAACCGCAGGAGAGGUAUGGGAAAUCGCACAAACAACUCUCAAGAGCAUACAAGUGAUGGGGAAAACCGUCGCUUUGAUGGUGACGAAGGAAAACCUAUGAGACCGAGGCGCCCACGCAUUGAGACAAGUCCAGAUGGCGUUGUGUUUGUUGGGGGCAUCUCGAGGCGACUGCGCGUCAGCGAAUUCAAGACAGAGAUGCGGGAGUGUGAUGUCCAUCCUAUUCGUCUGGUGUGGCGAGGAGGAAGAGGUUUUGCCUUUUUGCAUUUUCAAUCUGCAGACAAUGCACAGUCAGCAGUAAAGGCUCUCUCUGGGUUGGAAAUUGAUGGUCGUGAGCUUAACGUAGAGUUGGCUCGGCAAGAUAAUCAGCGUCAUCGACGUAACCGUGGCCCAAAGGAGGUACCUAGUUCAGAAAGUGCCAACCUGGAGUCGAUGGGCAGCAGUGAUGUGCCAGUGGAAGGCGCUGAGAGAUAGAAAUGCACGCUUGGCCAUGGCUGUGUCUGUCCCGUGAUGGCUUGCAAGGCGAUCACGUCGAACGACAUUAAAAGAGGUUUGUUGAGAAGGAAGGGGAGAAAUGGAGAGGCCUGUUCCCUAGUUGCCACUGCUGAUAUUUUUCGUGGCUAGUAGCAUCAAGGACUCAAUGCGUCAGCUGCUAGUAUUCCUGAAAAGAUGAAAAUGGUAGAAAUUACACAGGCUUUACUGACAGGGUCAGAAAACAUCUGACCUAGUCGCCGCCCACACUUCAUCUUGGAGAUGAUUGUUACUCUUCCAGAAUGCCUGCAAUACUUAUUAGGUUCCUAGAACCUUUGGAAGAUGAACUUUAAAUUUCUGUGCAUACAAGGCAGCACACGUGUGCAAUUUUGCUAACUGAACUUGUAACUUACAAGGUGCCACAGUUAGGAGACAAAAAAGGGGGGGGGAGAUGUUCAUGGAAGAGCUGAUGCUGGUAUGAUUUGAAUGUGCUUAUGGUUUUGAAUAGUACUCUUUAUCAGACGAAAGUGAAGGGAGGGACAUGCAUAAGAAUUAGCUUCAUUCUGUAUUCCCAACUUCCACCUGGGAUGAAAAGUAUUGGCAGUGGUUUAGGCUUUUGUAACAAGUAACAGCACUUUAAAUUUUUCUUUUUUGUGUAGCAGUUAGCUUUAGCAGUUUACAUGGAACUGUACAAACAUAUAAAGCACUGGCUAAGUUGUGCAGAAAAUGUUAAAGAACUGCAAACCAGCUUUUGCAAUUUCUGAAUUUGUUAGGCUUUUUCUAUAUAUAUAAACCUUGACUAUUCUUGACUUGUGAUCAGAAUCUGUAAGAUAAUUGUAUGAUUUGGAAGGCAACAGUCUUGAAACUCAUUUUAAAGCAGAAUGCUUUCUUGUUUAAAAAAAAAAUUCCUGUGAUGUUACCACAGAACAACAGAAUAUCUCCUGGCAUUGAGGGAAAGAAAAUAGUUUCAUGCACAAAUUUUAUUUCCCCAACUUUUUAACUUUUGCCAGAUUGCAUCUUUGGUUCUUUUCCUUUUGGACUUGCUCACAUGUACUUGCCCACCCAAAGUAAGUAAACAUUUUGUGUGCAGACCUUGUGAAGAAACAAGACCUAAAUAAAAUAUAGCUGAACACCGUUUCAUAAAAAAAACAACCUAUAAAAAGCUGUAUUUGUUUUACCUGUGCACUGUCUUAAAAAAAAGACAUUCAUUUCUUUAGAAAAUAGAGCAUUGUGUUCACACAAUGAUAGAACUCAUAAAUGCCAGUUCCAGUAGCCCUGCAUUUUGGAAACUGGGCGAACUUGUGUAAUUUUCUUUUGUUGUAAAACUGAUUUAAGGGCUCUAGAAGUGAGGCACCAUACUUCAGUGGUUUGUCUCGAUUAUUAUUGGCUAUAACUAUUGUUUCUGUAUUGGUGAAACAAAUGCAUCUCUGUGUAUGCAGUUAAGAUUUUAGAAUGUUUGCUUGUGAUUGAUUCAAGGAGCUAUUUGACAUUUUAGAAAGACAUGCUUUGAUGGCAGAGGGUUUGGAAGAACACUGUGGUGCAAACAUCCUUAUGUAGCCCUCUUGAGCCUGUCCACAUCAUCUCUUUGUUAUAGGCAGCUUAAAAUCUUAUAAAGUCUUCAUCCUGAAAUCUCUCUUUGACGGUGUUAAAGUAGCCAGAAAACAUUGGAUGUGCAACACAGGGAGUUUAUGAAGAUUUUCUAUGAAAAUUUUAUCUUAUUUUUGUAAAUACAACAUAAAUUUGACACAACAUAUUUUUUCAGGGACAAGCAGCACUUGGCCCAACUCAUCUUUCAAAAAGUGCAAAAAGUGGGGCUUUUGCUUGCUUGUGAUGAUGGGGAUAUAAACAGAUUGCACUGAAACAAAUUGUGUUUAUAAUAAUUUUACUUAUAACAAUGUCUUUUUUCUUUACCAAUUUACAGAGUCUGUAAUGCAUUAACUCAUCACAUUUUGUCGAAAAGUGCAAAGAUUAACUGCUAAGCAUUACACAGCCAAUCUGUGCUGUGGAAUUGUCUUGCCGUUUACAUAAAGUGUUACAUGCUGUCAAGCGUGCAUAGUAAUAGUUUGCCCAUGAAAAUAUUUUGAUCAAAAAUUUAAAAUUCAAGGUUGUAAAGGCCAGAGUUGGACAUUUUACUGGCCUACUGUUAGAUUUGGAAACAUAUCAGUUUUUAAGAUAGAGCACCUUUAUGACUUAGCCUUUCAGAAUUAAAAAAUGACAGAAGUACUCCAUUUAAAAUUUCCCAAAAUGGAAAAAGUUUGUAAGCAUGUAUUAUUUGCUGGCUUUGACUAGUUUUUUGCUGACCAUACCUUCAGGCAUAACUGGAAUGCAUCAUAAUCUCUUUUUGGCAGCCUCUCAGUCAACAAGAUUGUUGGUUGCUCUUUUGUGGUAUGUUUGUUAAUUCACCACAGCAGUUAAUGCAAAAAUGACAUAGAUGGUCAACAAAUAGAAUCUUGUUUCAUUCAGUGCAUUUAGUUAGGCCUUUAGUUUGUUAGUACAUGAACUUCACAUGAACUUUCUGGUGGAUUGGAUGUCCUUUUUUUAAGUGGUCAAUGGUACAAAUGUACAUAACAGAAAAAGACGUGCAUUUCAAACUUCAAAGCAGAAAUAUUUUCUUACUGUUGCGUUAAGGUUCCAGUAUUUAAAUGGUUGAAAUUUUAUUUUCUUUGGCAAAAGAUCUUUAAGUUUUGAAAGUGAAAAACUGGAAAAAAAUCUUUAGAUUGAAGUUGUGAAGUGUCUAUUUCCUAUUUAUGGUUACUGAUUGAAAUAAAAACAAAGCCUAUGAUC